AUUGUGCUCUCCAUAGCCAUUUUCUGUGAUUGCUAUUUUGGUGUCAUGUUCAGUGAAGUAGCAUUCCUAUUAAACUCUUUCUAUUCUGGAAAGGCUUUGAGAGGACAAGAAGGAACUUGUUUUGCGUUUGGUUGCAGAAGACAUCGUUCGUGCUUUACAUACAGGACCCUCCGGCACACAACUUGUGUUCCGCGUGUCCUUAACGUUGACAUGGAUGGAAAGCUUGUGACCAUUCGCAGUCGAAUAAGCUCGAUAAAGAAUACACAGAAAAUAACAGAGGCCAUGAGACUAGUUGCUGCAGCCAAAGUAAGAAGAGCUCAGGAGGCAGUGUUGAGUACGCGCCCUUUUUCGGAGAAUCUUCAAAAGGUUCUAGGAGGGCUAAUUUUAAGAUUGAAGAAAGAGUUGGUAGAUUUACCGUUGUUGAAGGAGCGAACCCCUCAUACCUUGGUUUUGGUUGUAAUUACUGGAGACAGAGGACUCUGUGGUUCGUACAAUUCAUAUAUUAUAAAAAGGACCGAAAACAGGCUGGCGGAACUGAAGAAGGAAGGUAUUAAUGCAGAGCUCGUUUGUAUUGGUGCGAAAGGAUAUCAGUUCUUCAAAAGGAGAGGAUACCCUAUUCGAAAAUACUUGAGAGUAGGACAGUCUCCAACAGCAGAGAGCGCAACUGAGAUAUCAGAGUAUCUACUGGCUGAGUUUUUAUCUGGUGAAGUGGACCGAGUAGAACUCUUAUACACCCGCUUUGUAUCAUUGAUAUCUUCGCAACCUUCCAUUCGCACCUUGCUUCCCUUGAAUCCCUCAGGUUUAGAGUCAAAGGGUGAUGAAAUAUUUCAGUUGAGAACAAGAGGUGGAAAGUUCCAGUUGGAGAGGUCUCAGAUACCUGGGUCUGAACCACGAGAUUUUCCCAGAGAUAUGAUUUUUGAGCAAGAUCCUUUGCAAAUCCUGAGUGCUAUUUUACCACUUUAUCUUAAUGGCCAAAUUUUAAGAACUCUUCAAGAGUCAUUUGCAUCAGAGUUGGCGAGUCGAAUGAGCGCAAUGUCUUCAGCAUCGGACAAUGCAAAGGAGUUGGCGAAAACAUUGACACUUGAAUUGAAUCGAGCCCGUCAAGCUGCAAUUACACAGGAACUCGCAGAAAUAGUGGGAGCUGCAUCGGCACUUCAGUGAGAAGAUAUUAUUCUUAACUGAUUGGGAAGUCAAUUGGGUUGGAUGAAAUUUCAUAAACUUUUGGUUUAAAGUUAUUUCUUAUUUGUUCACAAAUUUGCAUGAACCAUUUACAGAGUAUUUCUAGUUUAAAAUGUGU